CAAAUCAUUUUUCAAACGCUCAGUACGUCGAAAUUUAAGUUACUCAUGUCGAGGGAGCAGAAAUUGCCCCAUUGACCAACAUCAUCGAAACCAAUGUCAAUAUUGCCGUUUAAGAAAGUGCCUCAAAAUGGGUAUGCGACGAGAAGCUGUACAGCGCGGACGUGUACCACCCACACAACCAGGACUUGGCAUGCAUGGCCAAUAUCAAUUAGCAAAUGGUGAACACAUGGGUGUGGCCUUCAAUGGGCAUAACUACUUAAAUUCCUAUAUAUCAUUACUGUUACGUGCUGAACCAUAUCCCACAUCGCGCUAUGGUCAGUGUAUGCAACCGAACAACAUAAUGGGUAUUGACAACAUUUGUGAACUGGCAGCACGUUUACUAUUUUCCGCUGUCGAAUGGGCCAAAAAUAUUCCUUUCUUUCCUGAACUUCAAGUCACCGAUCAAGUGGCGCUGUUACGGCUUGUUUGGUCGGAGUUGUUCGUUCUAAAUGCCAGUCAGUGCUCCAUGCCACUGCAUGUGGCGCCACUGUUAGCCGCUGCUGGUCUGCAUGCCUCUCCGAUGGCUGCUGAUCGUGUUGUCGCCUUUAUGGAUCACAUACGCAUCUUUCAGGAGCAAGUGGAAAAACUGAAGGCGCUACAUGUUGAUUCAGCCGAAUAUUCCUGCCUAAAAGCCAUUGUGCUGUUUACAACCGAUGCCUGUGGUCUUUCCGAUGUUACACAUAUUGAAUCCCUGCAAGAGAAAUCCCAAUGCGCUUUAGAGGAGUAUUGCCGUACGCAGUAUCCUAAUCAACCAACAAGAUUUGGAAAAUUGUUAUUAAGGCUGCCAUCUUUAAGAACAGUUUCCUCCCAAGUCAUUGAGCAAUUGUUUUUUGUGCGUCUAGUCGGUAAAACACCAAUUGAAACGUUAAUCCGCGAUAUGGUGCUUUCUGGUAAUAAUUUCUCUUGGCCAUAUUUGCCAUCGAUGUGACACACAAUGUGGCGACAAUUGACAACAACUUGAUCAUCCGCUGCCGCAGCGGCAGCAGCAGCAGCUGCAGUGGCCAAUAACAAUAACAACGUUGCAUUCAUAAAUCAUAACAAUAGCAAUGCCG